GUGACCAGUGACCAGUGAGCAGACAUGGGGGACUGGAGUCUUCUGGGGAACUUCCUGGAGGAAGUUCAGGAACAUUCCACGUCGGUGGGGAAGGUGUGGCUCACCGUCCUCUUCAUCUUCAGGAUCCUGGUGCUGGGCACAGCCGCUGAGUCUUCAUGGGGAGACGAACAGAGUGACUUCCUGUGCGACACCCAGCAGCCCGGUUGUACCAACGUCUGUUAUGACCGGGCGUUUCCUAUCGCACACAUCCGCUACUGGGUCCUACAGAUCGUCUUCGUGUCCACACCAUCACUGAUCUACAUGGGCCACGCCAUGCACAUAGUGCGGAGGGAUGAGAAACGAAAAAGGAGGGAGCAGGAGAAGACAGAGAGGAUGGAGGAGGAGGAGAAGGGAGAGGGGGGGAGCGUAUCGGGGGAGAAGGCGUAUCUCCAGCAGAGGGAUUGUGGGAAGGCGCUGGAGGCAUCUGGGCGGGUUCGCCUGCGGGGGGCGCUGUUAUCCACGUACAUUCUGAGCAUCCUGAUCCGCACGGUGAUGGAGGUGAUCUUCAUCGUGGUCCAGUACAUGAUCUAUGGAGUCUUCCUCAGGGCUCUGUACCACUGCAAGGCUUGGCCCUGCCCCAACCCAGUCAACUGCUACAUGUCCCGGCCCACAGAAAAGAACGUAUUCAUCGUCUUCAUGCUGGUGGUGGCAGGUGUCUCCCUCCUCCUCUCUGUGGUCGAGCUCUACCACCUGGCCUACAGGCGGUACAGGAAGUGCAGACGCACUCGCGCCUCCCUCAAAAACACCACUCAUAAUGCUGUGGCAAUCCCCUUCACCAGGGACCCCGACAACCCGACCAGUCACAACUCCCCAGGCUGCACCCCUCCCCCUGACUUCCGCCAGUGCUUGGUGUUGUCGGGGACAAUGACCCCCUUGACCCCUGUGAACCCCAUGAACUCCAUGCCUUCUCACCCCUUCAACAACAGAAUGGCGCACCAGCAGAACUCCGUCAACAUGGCCACCGAGCGUCACCAUUCCAAUGACGACCUGGAGGGAGAGGGAGGUUUCCUGAGGAUGAAUUACACCCAGGUGCCAGGGGAGAUGCCCAGCGGGUGCUCUGCGCCACCCUUACUGCAUACCGGGUACCUGAAGGACAAACUAAGCCUCAGCAAGAUCAGCGGCACCAGCAGCCGGGUUCGACCAGACGACCUGGCCGUGUAGAACCAGACAGACGGAAAGAGAGAGACAGAGAGGGGCUUAGAAGGUGCGGAGGGAGAUGACUUUCAGACACACAGAGAGAGAAAGGCCCUGCUUAGAGGAGAGUGGAGCAGGCUGGGUCUAUAUACCCAGCCAGAGACAGAGAAGGGGAGCAGGCAAGACAGAUACUGGGGCUAAAGAUGGAUGUGUUAGCAAACUCCAAGUGAAGGGCUCCAUUCAGCCCAAAUCUGGGGGAACUGUGGAAGAUUGCCUGGCCUAGAACUCCAUGAGCACUACAGGAAGAAAGACAUUGGGGUCUGUAAGCUCCCUGGAAGUGGGUUGAAUGGAUCUUGAGAACUUCUGCAUACUGGACUGAGCUUUGAGACUGUGACCGUUAGUGCUGGGAGAACUGGUUGUUUUUGUGAGAGCAACAAGUGGUCGGCCAAGCUUGAAGCAUGGACUGUCAUAACGUUGAUCAAAUAUUGACAUUGAAGCAAAAUAUAAAUAUACCUUUUAAAUCACUGUGUGGAAAAAGCCUUGAAAUAAAUAACAGAUAAUUGCACAUUGUAUGUUUUUGAUGUUUUAAAGUACCUUUAAAGUCUGAGAAUAUUGUACUUUAAACUUGCACAUUCAGUAUGCUAAAAACUGUCCUACUGUCUAUCCAGCUGCCCAUUAUAAUAACACAAACUUUUACAAGCUCGCAAAUGUAAACACGCAUGCACAAAAACACACACACACAUGUACACACUGCUGUCAUAGGAGGACAAAACCCUAUCCUCAGGGGUCUGACCAAACAGUGUUGCCCCGAUCCCUGGCAUUCAGUGACGGAGGCUAUUUGCAGCUGUCAUGUUGUUUGGAAAGUGAAAUUGUGACACACAUCCCUGCAAUGCAAUCCAUUGUGCAUUAUAUCACCUUCAAAUAUAGCAACUGUUUUCUCUGUGUUUUAUCCUGAUGGCAUACAAACAGAAACAUAGCACCAGCAUUAUCUUCCAGUCAGAAGUCAGAACAAGGGACAGCUGUGCCAAGAUAACUGAUUUCUCUCCAUUCAACAGACGCUUAGACCAAUAAUUACAGAGGGUUGUACGCACUCAGGUACAGAUAGUGAAGAGCUAUGCAAAAGUGCCUACAAAAUGUGAAUCUACAAAAUGCUCAAAGUCAAAGUCUUUAAGCUCCAUGUUAGAUGUGUGAACAUGUCCUGAUAUAAUUUAAAAGUGUGUUCAAAAGCCAUAUACAGUAUGUAUACAAAUAAUUUACCUUCAAUCAA